AUGUUGAAGGUGCUUCACACGAAGGCCGUCGCCGAGCCGAUCCUGCUGGCAACGACGUGCCACAACAUGGACCUCUUCGCCGUCGUCACCCGCUCGCUGGUGGUUGUGUACCGCUCCACCACCCUCACCGUCGUGACGACGCUCCCGCUCGCCGUGAAGGAGACGGCGACGGCGGUGUCCGCCUGCUGGUCGCCGUCCGGGCGGCUGCUUGCCAUCGGGCUGCAGUCGGGCGACUUGUACCUUCUGGACGUCGAGAGUGGCGAGCUGAUACGGCGGUUUGUCCCACGCCGUGAAAUCGCGCUGGUCAUCGAGAAUGCGCAGGCGACGCCGCUCGCUGGCGCCACCGACACCUCCGCAGAAGUCGAGGUCAACGGCAGCAGCAACAACAGAAACGGCGAGGAUGAAGAGGGCGUCGACGAUGACAAGGAGCGGGAUCCGCUGCGCCAGCCGCCGAUUCUGCCCAUCUCUGUGGAUGGGGCGAUCGUGGCCUGCACAUGGACCUCCGUCGCCCCACGCAGGCCAACGAUGCGUAGCCACAAUGAGUUGUGUCUGCCCCUGAGCACCACCGUCUCCUCGCCGAUUAUCGAAGAGUUGGAGCGACAGGACGACGUGCCUGUGAUGCUGGUGCUGGACCAGAAUGGCGGCCUGAGCUUCCUGCCUGGUGGGCUGCAGGAGGUGGGGGUUGUGGUGGUGAACCCUCAGUGGGCGUUGGAUCCGUGUCGCAUGCGUGUGGAGGCGUUUUUCGUGGCCGCCACGCCGCCGCCGGCCGCCGACGAAAAUGGCAGCAGCAACUGUUGGGGCGGCGGGGGCACGGACUCACACUCGGCGUAUCUUGUGCUGCAGGAGACGGGAGGGCAGGCGUCCCUGCGGCCCGGCUCGCGGGUGGUACGCAUUCAUCUUUCCGACACCGUCGCACGUGUGACGGAUCGCGAGGCGGUUGCCCUCUGCUCCAUCGUCGAGUACUGUCGCAUGGGGAAGGUCUCCUACCAGUUUGUGCGAAAGCGAUGGGAGUGCCUCAUUCAGGCGGUUCGCAAUGAUUUAUUGUUGCCACAGAACGCCCUUCUGCUUCGCGACACUCUCCUCGAAGAAGUCGCGCGGCCGUCCUUUGCGGAGGUGUCAGCGUAUUUUGAAAGGCUGGACCUGGACGCCCUUGUGAAGGACGCCGAGGAGCUUUCGCGGCAGUUUACGCAUCUCGUGCUGCAGGUCUCCAACGUCGCCUACCGCUGUUACGACCUCGCCCUGCAGCUGUCACAGGCGCACUCCGGCGAUCGGCGGCGGCAGUGUCUGUUGAUCGACGUCAUUGGUGGGCUACGGCAGCGGUGCAGCGACUUCCUGCGGCAAAUGCGGCUCGAGCUGGAUCGAGAGAGGGAUCUCGUGCACUGGGUACUGCACCGCGCCGCGCCACCAGGCAGCAAGCUCUUCACGUCUCACCCCCCGCUGCGUGCGGCGCGACAUCCGUCGCUGCUGCACACGCUUCACCGCAUCGCGCGUGGGGAGUCCCCGGUAUUGUUCCUCGUCGACGAGGACAUUGCCCGGGGCGAGGAGGCGUUGCUGUACAUCGUCAAGGAGUGUUUGCUGGGGGGCAGGGAGACGGCUGCCUGCGUGGUGCCGCUGCCGGAUGAAAUUGCGUGUGAGCCGAUCCUCCAGCGGCAGUGCGAGGUGUUCGCGGCGGAGACGGCAGUGGCGGGGAUGGAGUGCGUGCAGCUGCACGCCGUGGCAGUCACGCCGUCGCGCCCUUGUCAACCGCGUAUGGCCUUCUACGCACUCCAAACGAGUGGCAAAGCGGAUCUCUGCUUAGUGACGCAACAGGAAAGUGUGGCGGUGGAUGUUGCGCCCCUGCGGCUUACCGAGGCACAAGCCGCCUUCCUCUGGAGCGGUGUCGUGGACGAUGAGGGCCGCUGUGUGCUUCUCUGGGAGCGCGCGGCGUCCUCGGGUGACGCGGCGGGCGCCACGCUGGUGGUUGCCGUGGUGGAUAAAGCAGGCGCCGUUGAGGUCGCCGCGGCCGCCGGGGAGCUCGACACGGGCUCGGAGGUGGAGGCGGAGGAAGAGGCGGAAGGGACGGAGGCCGGCAACGCAGCUGCAGGAGGAGCGGCGCCCCAUUACGCCGUGCUGGAGAUCAAAGGCAUUUCGACACGUCACCUGCGGGCCUCUGUGAGUCGCAUGCGUGGCUUCGGCGUGUUCUACGCGAAGGAACGCUUCGUUGUGGUGGAUUUCAACGGCGGCUUUAGAAGGGUGGUGGUGAGGCCGAAUGGCGGCUAG